GGAUGUUACGUCGUCAUUUGUGUCCCGUUCGGUCACGUCCACGGUAAACUUGAAUUGGGUUUUCCUAGUAGACUGGAUCAUAAUAUUUUUUGCAUCAAUAGUCUUUAUAUUCUAUUUCAAUAGGAUGGUCGGAUAUGUGGUUACACAAUUUGUCACACAUGUGCUCUGGAGGCGACGGAAAACCAAGUUAUCAAUUCAGGCGAUCAAGAUCAACCUUUUAGGAGGCCGCAUAUUUAUAAAAAACAUGGCUGUAGUCACCAAAAGUGAACUCAUAUUAGUUCACAGUGCAGUUCUAACAUGGAGGUACUGGCUACAAUUUGUUAGAACGUCACAGUUUUACGUUCAAGAGAAAAAUCUCAAUAAUACGGUGAAUAGAUCAUUACCUUCAAGGUUCAUCUUAGAAGUCACCGGUAUGGAGGUAUUUGUAUACAAUAGAAGUUGCGCAUAUGACGAUAUUGAAGAAAUCCUGAAAUCAGAAGCCAGGCAGCAUCAAGAAAAGCACUCAAAACACAACCAUAAGCAUUUUCCUAAUACCCAACAUAAAUCACAUGACGGCAAAAAAUUUUCCGAAGACGUUACAAGUAGCAGUCCAAGUGAACACGCUACAUACUCGUUAAAACAUAGGAGAAACCGCUCGUCGUCUUCUUAUGGGGCUUCUACUUCAACAAUUCCUUCAGCAAAGGCCAAAAAAGAAGAGGACCUUAAUGCAGAUUACAGCCAAGAAAAAGCUGAAAACGAAAGUUUCCAAAAUAACAAGUUCAAAAAAGAUGAAGAAGACCAAAGUACAAUAACCACUACAGAAGUAAUGGAUUCCACCUUUCUUGACUUUUUACCUUUCGAGGUCAAAAUUUCCAAAGGCUCCUUUGUUUUAGGGAAUGAAACCACAUCUUCUCUUUAUGUUGCUUCAUUUAAUAACAUGAGUGGACAGAUUGAUGCAAGCUUGCCAGGAUCGGCUCUCGACUAUUAUAGAACACACUAUGAUUUCACUGUCACAGAUUUGAAAAUAGAUUUGAAAACAAACGUUACCUUUAAAGAUAUAGAUACUUUAGAGAAGAAAAUUCAAAGCAUUAAUAAUAAGAAGAAGACAAAAAAUUUCAUCUCUAUGAUAUCAGGUUUGGGACACAGUAUAAACGCUUUGCAUGUACUUUUCAACAAACAUAAAAAAACAUCAUUUACUUCAGCAGAUAGUGAAUUACAAAAGAAUUUGAACAAUGGCAUUGAGGAAUGGCAUGGAUUAGAACGCUAUCUAACAACGGUUUCAUCAUCAGAUUCAGAUCUUGAUUCACGAAUGUACGAUUAUGAUAAGCAGAGAAUGAUUGACACCGAAUAUGCGAAGUAUUCAAACAUCUUAGAUGCUCAGAGAUGUAAGAUCAACUAUUAUUAUGACUCCCAGGGCUUAGUUCCGGCGGAGAAGGUUUCUUCAGAUUGUAUAGAGGAUCCUGAUAUUGGCAACAAAGAUAUUCCGCCUAUGUUUGGCGUGGACAUUACCCUUUCUGGUGCCACUGCGUGCUAUGGUCCAUGGGCCGAAAAACAACGUGGAAGCUUGCAUCAUCUAUUGUUUCCUCCACUAUAUCGCAACUCUGUCCCAUUCAAAAAGCUAAAAACAGGAAUGAGGCGGCAAUAUGUAAGCUUUGAUUUGUCCAUUCAAUGUGCCGAUGAGAUGGUUUUUCGCAUUCCACAUAGAGAAGAAAGUAAAGAUAUCAAUUUUCUCAAAACCAAUAUACCUACGUUGCGACACUUUGGGUGGCUGGAUUUGAAAGUGGCCGAAGGCUCAAUUACUGAUGUUUCAGUCUCAUUCAUUUCAACGGUGGAAAAAGGAGUUGAUAACAAGAUCAAUGCGGUAUUUGUAAAGCCAGAAAUUUCGACAAGUGUGAACCAUGACAUACUAUUCGAGGCAGACGAACAUAUACUUAAUGCUAGCGUUGCAUUCCCAUUAGAAUGGAAUAGUUUAGCAGACUGGAAAUUUGAAAAUAUUUCUAAAAAUGUGAAUAUCUAUUUGCUAAGAGAGCAUAUUACUCUACUAACAGAUUUAUUCAGUGACUUCUCCUCCGGUGCACCAACCCCAUAUGAGUUGUUCAGACCUUUCAUCUACCGAUUCAAUUGGAAAUUAUACGACUACUCAAUCUACUUGAAUAUUAACGAACAAAACAUUAUCAACAAUCCCCUUGAUAAGACUAUAAAUACUUACUUGACUUUCAAAGGCGCAUCUUUACAUUUGACAACAACAAUUCCGAUAACCUCAGUGUACAAAAAGUCUAACACGGUUGACUAUAUAUUAGAAACUAGCUAUUUUGAUUUAUCUAUUGAACACCCAACAUCUAGCACUUUUUCUAACUUUACCCAAACAGAAGAGAUAGGAAAUGCAAACAAUUUUAAAAUGGAGGGCUCUUAUACAUACUUCAGUUUCUUGGAGAUUGACUCAGUUGACACUAUCAUAAUGAAUUGCACUUGUGAUGAUACUACUGUUAAAGUUUAUGGUUUUGCAGUAAAGUAUUUUAUGUCUUUGAAAGAAAACUAUUUUGGUGAUUCUACACAUUUCCAAAACUUGUUAGAAUUUAGAGAUAGCUUCGGAACUGAAGAAAAAGAUUCAAACGCUUUUGAAGGAAAAAGAAUGAAAAAUGAAACAGACUUCAUGUUUUCCUUCUGUGUCAAUAAUGGGUGUCUAGUUUUUCCAUGUCAUUUGUACGAUUGUAUGUCACAUUUGGCGUUACAUUUUGAUGAUCUUGAUAUCGAUAUCAGGAACAAUAAUUACUAUAUGGAUCUCCAAGCUGAUUUUUCUGAAAUCAAAGGGCGAUAUGUUGAGAACUGCGAUGAGUCUGUAAUAUUUGCUAACACCAAAUCUAAACUUGAGUUUGAGCCACAAAUUUUUAUAGACGGUCUAUCAGUUCAUAGCAUUCGGAUUUUUGGUCUACCUCCUGCGGAGCCUACUUAUUUUUGCCGAUGGACUUUUGAUUCAGGGGACAUCAGUAUUAUUUCAGAACCCAUUUUUUUGGAUGCUAUUUCUCGUGCUGGGAUGUCAUUUAAGUUUGGCCAUAAAGAUCUUGAAAAUUCUUUAGAUCUACCACAAGCAUCCGUAUUAGAUAUUCUCAAUCUCCUAUUCAAGUGUCCUGCUGUUCAUAUCACCCUGAAAAGUCUAGAUUACGUUUUCAAAGUCAGCUUGAUAGAUAUUUCAUUUAAGAACUCUGACCAGCCUACUCCUUGCUACAAUGGUCUUAUAGAUUUAAUAAUCAGAGAAGUUUUAGUCGAAUGUUAUCAAAACAAAAUCCAGCUAUUGAAAGUUGUUACUUCGUUGGAGGUCAAGAAUUUCAUACAAAACAGAGAUUCGUUUGAAGUCAUGAAAGAGCAAUCAAUGCAUUUGAAGAAACACGAUGCUUCUUUUCAUAGGACGCCAUUUUUGAUCCCAGAAUUUGCAAAAGAUAGGAAGUACUACAAGAGUUUCAAUUCUUUAAUCUCUUCUUUAUAUUUGCCGGACCCUCCACUGCCACUCACCUCAGAAAGUUUAGAUAUGAUUAUUGAUAGCUUUCCCUUGAAUGUCCAGAAAAAGCUUUUCGAGUCUUUUUCUUCCCUUGAAGACAACGACGACGCUUCAGAAGAAGCACAAAGAUUCAGUUCUAACUUAGAAGAUUUUGGAAUUUUGAAAGGGUUAGAUCCAAAUUGCGAAUAUGACAAUUUUCCGAUAAAACUUGAGAAACUUGAGAUCUUUAUUUCGCCCGCAGUUGCACCAAUACUUGUCGACAUAAUCAGCAAAAUGACAGACUUCAACAUGUAUUCAUUUCUUGAUGAGCUCCAAACACAAUUCAUAACAUUUUUCAAUUUUAGAAAAAAGAACUUGGUCAUGAGAUGUAAGGUUGAGUGUCCUUUGAUUACCUUCAAAAUGGCAGAUUCCAUUAAUGCUACAGAAUAUCUAUUUGUGGGCAUUUCAGAUUUAGUUUUUGCCUUCUCCAGAUCUGAUGUGGCCAGUUCCUCUGCAAUGAAUAUUUAUGCAAUUUUCAAAGAACUUAAUAUUGACUUGAUAAAGGACAUGGAAGAUGCAGUAUUGAUAACAUUUUAUCGACUGUUAUUCAAACAGUCUUUUGAAGAGAAGCAUAUUUCCACAGUGGAUUUGGAAAACCUUUCUAUCUUUGUUGAUCCUGCAUAUGCUCCUUGGAUCAUCGACUGGGGUUAUGAGCUCAAAGAUCUGAUCGGGCAAGCUUCUGCCAAAUGGAAGGCAUUCCAAAAGGAUAAACACUCAGCUGGAAUAGAACUUUUAUACGAUUUAUCAAGAGGUGGAAUUGAUUUUAAUAUCAGUCAUGAUCCUCCGUGCAUCACCAAGCCCUCCUAUAUUACCGGUUUCCGCAAAAAUCAUAUCAGAACGGAUGGAAAUUGGAUGAUAAUUCCUCGCUUGAGACACGUUUUGCAAAAUCUACCUCUUGAUUGGAUUUUAAAAAAGAAUAAGAUGUUUUCUCAAAAAUUGUGGGAAGCACCUAAAGAUGCAGAAGAUGAGGUUUCCAUCAUUUUUGGAAACUGGAGGUGCUGGGACAAUCACAAAACGAAAGAUAAUUUUAUUUUUAAACAAGUGUUUGACUCUGAGAUUGAGAAGAGAGCUGAAGUUUAUAACACUGUCAAGGUUACCUUGAAGAAUUUCUCGGUCGGAAUCAGGCCUUUCACUAAUGCAAUCAUUGUUUCUGAUGUUUCAUUCUUUUUGAACGAGGAGGAUCUCUGCAGGAAAGUUAAAGAGUUUGCAAUGCCGUUGUUGGACCGCCCUAUAGAAAAAAGUUUAGACAUCACCUUCAAAGUUCAGUCAGUGGCUACCAGUUUCACCAAAAUUCACAGACUCUUUGAUGUUUUAUAUCCACUGACAAAAGAAAUCAAAGCAACUUUAAGUAAACAUACAGCCGUUGGACAAGAUUUGGACAAUGACGAUGACAUGGGAUCCACAGCAUCGUUGAACGAUGUUGCUAGAUAUGAAGCUGCAACUCCAACUUUGAUUACCUUCAAUUUUUCAUUAGCUGACUAUUCACACUCUCUUGGAAUUGAUGAGUCCAUAUUAGUUCUUUAUGGGCAGGGUAUUGAUCUGACUGCCUCUUUGAUUAAGGCAGAGGAAAUGUUAUCAUGCACCUUAAACAUUAAAAACCAGUUUCUUGCAACCGAAUUACAUGUGGGAAGAAUUCCAAUCUUUGAGUUGAAUUGUGAAUCACAUAAUACCACUCUUAUUAACACCGGAUCCUUCGAUUUGGGUAAAACUGUUGUUCUUAUAUCAAAUGAGGUUGUCAGUUUCAACUUUUUACCCGACACACCCCACCUAGUUAAAGUUCUAACCCUUUUCUCUGAGAAAGAACUGAAAUCAUUAAUGUCUGUGAUUCGUUCUUUUAAGGAAUCAAACAUAGGGUCGUCUUUGUCUGCUGCAUCUUUACCGCUAACCUCAAGCUCUUCUGGAAAUGCUGUUAUAGAGAAGCUAAAAUCCAACCUCUUUUCUAAAAUACGAAUGGACAUUUCAGCUUCAAUUAGUGUUUCGAAAUUUUCAUUUCACUUCGAAAUGAUUGCACCAUUUUUCACCAAUUUCAAUAUGACGGAACCAGUUUUGUCGUUAAAACUUGGAAGCUUUGGGGUGUUGGCUGAAUUUCUUAUGGAAAGGUCUGAUUGGUUUGUGGGUUCACAGUCCAAGAAAUCGGUUUUUGAGUAUGUUACAACUUCAUUCGACAAGUUGAAAUUUUCAUUGUCGGGACAUUACAAAGGAGGAAUAUAUGAGACACUAGUUACAUUGAUUACAGGUAUUGUCAGGAUCAAUUUAGCACAUAAUAAUCUUGUUAACGUACUAAGCAGAGGGAAAAGUGAUACUGAGUUGAUGCUGAAGAAUUUAGACUCGUUGAAAGCGGCUGCCAAACUACUUGGGAGAGCCGCAAGUAUGUCUACGAAUACUUCGAGCUCAAUACCCAGUAAUACUUCCAAAUUAGAUGAUAAUCUGUUUGUUGAAUUAAGCAAUAUCAUUCAUUUGUUUUGUGAUAUUAAUUUUGGAAAUGUCAUAGCUACUGUGAAUUUAAAUGGAAACAAAUUUCAUCUAGACUGCAUCAAGCCCAAGCUAAAUGUGAAAACAUUUGACCCAAUUAUAAAUAAGUUCUCCCCACAUGGAAAAAUUACUUUACCUUCUACGCGUAUUGCUAUGGGUUUAAAUGGCGUUCAUGGUGUUUCAACCAUAUUUGACAUACGCUCUUGCGUUGAAGUUAGAAAUCCCGACAAUGUCAUGCACAAAUCCCAAAGAUUUGAUGUCAGAACCGAUUACUGUCGUCUUGUUUUGAACCCACAUAUUAUUGAUGAGCUCAUUGAGGCUUAUGGAGAUAUAGCAAUAUUAAUGGAGCCAUCGGAGUCAAGAUUUGUACAAAAUAGUGAGCCGAUUGACUUAGAUGAAAAGAUAGAUAGCAUUCUUUCUUAUAUUUCAAUCAAUAUCGUUGCAAAAAACGUAUGUUUUGGUUGGUUGUUUGACGAAGAGGAUAUUUUGUACCCAGAGGUGGCUCCAGGUAUUAUCAUUGGAUUUGAAGAUACGUUGAUUUCUUGUGCUAAAGAUGGAGGUAAACUUCAAACAAGGGGCAUGUAUAUAUCUGCUGCUCAUGGAUUUACUCCUUCCACAUUUUAUUCAGCCAACAGUGAAAAGUCUAGUGAUAACCGUGCAUAUCUUCCUUUGUUUAAUCUGAUUUAUUCAAUUGAGUCUGACUCAAAGAUGAGAAACUUCAGAUCACAAGUGAAUGGUGACAAAAUUGAUUUCAAGUUUCAGACAGAUAUUAUAUCGAUUACCGAGCCACUGUGGUUAUCUAUAAACUCUUUACAAGAAAAGUUUAUGUAUGUACAAAGUGUUGUACAACAAAAAAGAGACAAAAAAACAAAACGUCACAGGCAACCGUCAGAUGAACCUGCCAGCAAAUCUCCUUUAUCUCCGUUUUCUAACACAUUUAAAAUGACUAGCAUAAGCUGUGUUUUCAAUUUCGCUGGGGCAUCAUUCUUUAUUUACAACUCGCAUAUUGAGAUUAAUGGUGCAAUACCUAUUUUGAGUUUACAAUCUCCUAGACUUUAUGCAAUUCUCAAAUAUUCGCAUGACAUACUUGCGCUAAAGAAACACACAAUAUUUUUCAGUGCACUAAUAUCAGAAACAAACAACAAACUUUCAUGUUUAUGUGUUCCCGUUUUGCAAGAUAUUAUGAAAGGAUUUCAGGAAAUGAUGAGAAGAUCGAAUGGUAAAAAUGCUGUUGUGUCCAAGGAAACUUCAAAUAACGGUAUUGACAUUGUUAACCUUUCUGAAAAAAUAAAUGUUAACUUUUCAUUGAAGAUUGAACCGCAGAGUUUGGCUUUGACCUGUGAACCUCGGGCAAAUGUUGAAGCAGAAGUGGGUCUUGAGGAAAUCCACUUAAUCAUCAAAACUGAUCAAGAUUUUCUAUCCGUCGUAUUAUCUAUUCAGAGCUUGAGAUCGGAGCUAAAGCAUGCAUAUUCAAAAGUUACAAGCGGAUCUGUACAUGCCAAAAGGCUGACAGUCAAUGGUGCUAUGACAUCCAUUGAAGGUGAAAAGAAAUUUUGUACUGUCGCCAAAUUGGAUGAAGCAGAAGGUUUUAUAAAUAUACAACAACGUCAAGAUUUGGAUCUAUUCAAGGAUUUGUGGCUGCCGAGUGGUUUCAAUAACUCUCUACUUGUUAAGAAAAGUAAAUCUGUCGAUGAAAAGAAAACUUUUGCCUCGAUGCUUCGUGAAGUUUCUACCACCACAGCUUUUCCUUGGGUUUUAUCGCUAUUGGUUGCUAAAGUAUCGGCCAAAGUUGACUUAGGCAGCUCGUUAGGGGAGCUAAAUGUCAAUAUACAAAACUUCAUGGCAGUUUCCACAAAAUCAAUGGAAUGGGACCAAAAUUUAAAACUUGAACUUGAUAUGCUUCAAAUUGAAUCUCGAGGGAGGCUGAGUGGUAUGUUAAAAGCUGAAAAUACGAGAAUGACAUCUGCCAUAUCGUGGAAAAAGCAUGGGGAAGUUUUGGUUGUUCCAUUGGUGUUGUUAUCCUUUGGCUUUGGUUGUUUGCAAACAAAAAUAUCCCUAGAUUUCCACCCAUUUUUUAUUUUGGAGGUUGUCAAAUUUGGGGUCACGAUAUACAAUCAGCGUCAAAAGGAUACCCAUGAUAAUUUGAAAAGCAGUUUAAAUGUAGAAUCAAUCAAAGUCUUCAUGACUGCACUGACAGCCUCAAACUUUGUUGAUGUCUAUACCAUUGGACUACGGAUUAGACAAGAUAUCAAACUGUCCUAUAGACAAGUUUUGAAUGACGCCCAGCUAGGCAUUAAUGAGAAUAUGAGUAAAUCAGUAGAAGCUAAUACACUGGAAAGGGAAGAAUCUAAAAACACCGUGGAGCUUACAACCUUAUCACAAACAUUUUUGAGCAUGAUUGAGAAGCUGAAAACUUAUCUGGAAGUCAAUAUUGGGAUGUUAGAAAUACAAGUGUUUCCGAGUAGUUUAUUAGAUUCACAAGCACUGGUCAUCAACAUUGGUAAAGAAAGAGCAAUGUUUUAUCAAAAUAAUGUCUUAGACACAGAGAACAGGCUCUCACUAGAUCUGGCUGACAUCACCGUUUCCUUGUCCAGUUUUAAGAACAAACCAACUGCGGAGGCACUAAAUGAUGAAAACAGUAUCAAGACUUAUUUAGACAUGGUAAGUACACCAAUUGCGGAUAACAUAUUUGUCUUUCCUACGUUAAAGAUAAUGAUGGUAACUUCUCAAAAUAAGGGCGACAAUGUCAUUGACUACAAGUAUGUCUGCAAAUUUGGAGGUAAAGUAGACAUCAAAUGGAAAAUUGGAUCUGUUUAUUUCAUAAGGCAGAUGUGGUAUUCACAUGCAACUACGUUGAGCAACAGACUUACUGCGUUGCGUAUAUAUACUUCGGACGAAUACAGCGGCGAAGCGGAAGAAAACUAUAAGGAAUCUCCAUUUGAAUCCGUGAAUUUAGAAGACCGAUUAAAGGAUGUUGAGAGUGACAAAAAGUUCACAUAUAAUGCGAUUGAGGAGCCUGAUAUAGAAACUCCACAGUUGAAAGAUCUAGGAAAUGCGACACCUCCUUUAGAGUGGUUUGGUUUACAUCGUGAUAAAUUUCCAAACUUAACUCAUCAGUUUGUUAUAAUAGGAUUACAGAAAAUUAUCAGAGAAGUUGAGCAGAACUAUUCGAAAGUUUUGAAGUAAGUUUUAUAGAUGUUUAACCUUUUCUACCAUAUGCAUGUAUAUAUGUAUUAUAUUAUAACUCCUACCAAUAGUUCAGUCCUAAA